UGUACAUGUACAUGUAGCCCCAUGUCGGUCAGUGUAGCUAAAGUCAGAUUCAAAGUGGUCGGUUGCACCAGUUGGGAGGACGGCUACCAUCCCAAGAGCAUGGAGGAAAUGCAUCCUUUCGUGACUGGCUGGAAGUCAGAGAGGUACUGCCCUUACCCACAGCAGUUUGUAGUCUGCCUCAGAUCCAAAGCAAGAAUACGUAAAAUACAACUACUUUCUCACGAGUACAUGAUCGCUUCUAAAAUCGAGUUAUUUGUUGGUAGAAGCUCAAUACAGGGACAGCAGGCAAAUAGCUUACUUAAUAUUCAGUACACGAGAUUGGGAUAUGUAUCACUCUCUGCUAAUGAUGCGACCAAUUACAAAUCGAGAGAAAUGAAGUCGAUCAACAUUGAUGCAGAGGGACAGUAUCUUAAACUAGUCCUUCAUACUAAUCACGUGAACCAACUGAACUUGUUUAAUCAGGUAUCUGUUUUAGCUCUUAACAUUCUGGGACAUGAUCCACAAUCACACAUUACCAAAUCACAAAGCAUUAAAGUGACAGGAAGGCAGCCACCAGUGCACGUGUCUACUAUCAAUGAUCUUAGUUUCGAUAUGACACUGGAUCCAUCUUCUGCAAGGCUUAUAAAGCAGCUUGAAGCACAAAAGCAGCAAGCAAUUGAGAGGGACCAAUUUGAGCUAGCUAAAGCACUAAAAGAAGCCAUCAAUGAAAUGAUCAAAGUUGGCCAGGUUUUGUGUCAUUAUGAACGAGAAAAGAGACAAGCUAUUGAAAGAGAAGACUUUGAUGAAGCCAAAAAAUGGAAGUCUGAAAAGGACAGCAUUGAGAUUCAGUUAAAAGAAAGACUAAAUUUCGAGCAAUUGUUAAGAGGAGAGAUCCCAAUAGUCAGAGAGCAAGGAAGAAAAGAUAAGAAAGUUCAUUACGUACCAGAAGAACUGACUAGAGAUACUUCUACACGUCAAAGCAACUUGCCUUCAUUGUCAUCUGGUCAGCAUUUACCUUCAGAGCCUCCUCCUCCUGUAAAUCAACCAAUAGAUAUAGAGCUACCACAUAUAAAUACUUCUCAGCAGCAGAGCAACUAUAGUGAAUAUCCCAAUGAAGAUGCAGAGAUGCCACCCUCUCAGCCUGAGCCACUCACUGAUGCACAGUUAAACGAGGCUGCAGUUGCUGUCCAGGUUUUUGGUGAUGUCACGGUUGCUAAAGUCUUUUCAAAGCUGUAUCACCUAAGAGAGCAAGGACUCACUGAUGUUCUAGACAUUAUGAAGAAAGAGACUAGUUUCAGUAGAAGUGAAAUGACCAAAGCAUUGUGUCAAAUACUGCGUAGGGGAUUCAGUGAUAAAGUACUAACAUCAUUUAACAUAGCAAUUGACAUCUUGAAAGAGCUAAUGGGAGAAUAUGCAAAGCGUCACAGAUUAUCAAGCUCUGAUCUAGUGACGGUCCUGGACAAGAUUCUCCCAGUAGUGAUGAAUAGAUUUGCUGACACUAAUACAAGAAUACAGUCAUCUUCUAUGAGAGCAAUACUUGAUCUUGCUGCUAUACCUGAAGUGAAGCCUUUGCUGGGGCAUUAUCUCUUAAGGCCUUUAGCCCAAGACAAGACUAAGAGUUUAGACGAUGGAAGCAAGCUGACAAUAUCAAUGGAGACUCAGGCUAGAACUGUCACUUGGCGCUAUGCGAAAGGAAGGGUAGAGGUCUUGCAAGCAUUUCUGGAGGUAGUCGAUCUAGGAACAGCACAUAUGACGAUUCCUAAAAUAAUGGAAUUUGUGAAUAUUUCCUUGCAACACAAUCACGCUAAAGUGAGAGAAGCUGCAGCACAACUGACUGUCUAUUUAUAUAAAGGGUAUCGGGAUGGGACAAUACGUGAGCUGUUGCCAGUGAGCAGUAGUGACCACAUUGCAAUGAAGAAUAUAUUUUGGAGGACACUGUUCCAUCAGCUCGAUGAAAUUGAUGGCAUUGUACACAUUGCAGGACAAGAAAGUUUUGAAAAAGCAAAGAAAAUGAAACAAAAAAGACUCAACAACUUGAAAGGUGAAUUGGAUGCUUUGAGGAGCCUUGCUCAAGCUACUGGUCAAUUGCCAGCAUCAGAAGACAGUGAGGAAAUAGCAACAGUCGCUGCACAGACUAGAGUUAUUGAUUCUGCUACUAUUGAACAGACGUGUCCUUUUUGCAAGAGCAGUAGGCCAGAGUUUAAUGUGAAAGCUCACAUGGAUGAGCAUUAUGCUGCUGAGUGCCCCAUGUUACUACAGUGCAAGAAAUGCACACAAGUAGUAGAGAUUAAGAAUUAUGGUGCACACAUGUUGAACGACUGCAGCAGUCAGACUGAGAUGGCAGAGUGCCCCAAAUGUCACGAAGUGUUUGGUAAAACUCAACUAGAAUCACACAUGAAAGGCUCAAGAUGUACUGCUCCACCAGAUGAUCAUGUAAAGUGUCCACUUUGUCACACUAAUGUUCAAAAUAAUGACGAAAGCUGGCACAAUCACUUGAUGAGUGUAUCCUCAGGCUGUACUAAAAAUCCUCGCAGAAAAAGACGUAGGCCAGGUCAGCAACAUGUUUCUGUUACUAAAGCUUCUGAAGGUGUUACAGUAAUACCAAGAUAAAAAAGAAUUAUUGAUAUAAUUAUUAUUGAUGUUGCUGUACCAUAACAAUCAAAUUAUUGAGUAGUUUUUAUUUUAAAAAUGAAUAAUUAUACGUUUUGUUUGUACUCAUUAUUAAAGACUGUUUACUGCUUUGCGUAGCAUCUACGUAA